AUGGUCGGUCUUUCAGUUGUGCGGGAAGUCAAUGCUGGCUUGGUAAGGCGACAAUUCACUGUGGCCGUAUUCGUGGGCGGUACCGCUGGCAUAGGCGAGUUUGGUGUCCGGGGGUUGGCGAAGACCCAUGGCGAGUCCGGCAAGGGGCUUCGAGUUUAUAUCAUGGGUAGAAACAAACAAGCAGCAGAGCGAAUCAUUGCCGAGUCUCAGCAACUUUGCCCUCAGGCCCAUUUCAUCUUCGUUGCUGCGAAAGACCUUGCCCUUCUGAGAGAUGUUGAUCAAGUCUGCGAGAAGCUCGUAACACGCGAGCGGGACGAGGCGGCAAGAGCAGGGCAGGUCGCUAGAGUUGACUUUCUGGUCAUGACACAAGGGGUGCUCAAUUUGUCACGAAAAGACACCGAAGAAGGCAUCGACGAGACUAUGUCCUUAUUCUACUACUCUCGUAUGCGCUUCAUUGUCCAACUAUUGCCCUUGCUAGUCGAAUCCCCUUUGCCUGCACAUGUUGCAUCCAUAUUAGCUCCUGGCAACGAAGGGAAAUUUGUUGCCGAAGAUAUCAGCUGUCGGAAACCAGAGAACUUCGGUAUGAGGAUUACGACCUCCCACAUCUGCUACAUGACCACCUUCUUCAUGGAACAACUUGCCACUCGGCAUCCUGGGAAGCUUUCACUGAGUCACGUGUAUCCCGGAGCAGUGAUAACUCAGUUCGGACAAACCGGCUCCUCGCCUACAUGGUUGAAGCUGUUAUUACGCUUCGUCGUAAUUCCGCUCAUGCGUUUCUAUUCGCUCUCGGAGGACGAGUCCGGGCAGAGAACUCUCUUCCUUGCCUCAGAAAAAUAUCCCGCGCGAGGUACCGCUCAGAAAGUGAGCCCAAACGGCUUUGAUGAGAUUGGCAUUGCUGUAGCGACAGACGGUGUUGUUGGUGGAGGAUGUUAUCGGAUCAACCAAGACGGGGAGACAUUCCCUACACCGGACUCGUACCAGACCUUGCGCGAACAAGGCGUUGGCGAUCUUAUCUGGCAACAUACCAGUUCGGCAUUUGAAGAGAUCACUAGUGGCAGGGCAUUCACCGGCUAA